CUUUAAACACAUUUUUGCCCACUGGUUCACAAGCUCAGAGAUGACAGUUGCUGUUGAAGUUCGCUACUUUGGGGCGACUGCUGGGCCUCUGUUUAAUUGUCUAUAUCGCUACGGAGAGGCUUCCUAUAACAUCAACUAAUCCACCGUGCUCCGGUCCCGUUGACUUUCAACAUGUCGCAGCCCCAUUUGCAGCUCUUUAACUGCCUUCAAGAAUACAAAGAGAACUCCGACUUCCCGUUCUUCCAUCUCCUCCCACCCGAGUUGCGUCUAAAGAUCUGGAACUACUUCCUGCAACGCCCGCGCAUCAUAACGGUCCGUUUCGAAGUCCGCACAGACAGACAAGUAGACGAAGAUGGAGGAAGCACCAGGUAUCGCGCCAUUGUGGAUGGACAUCAGGUGAUAAGCAAAUUGAUGCGAGUCAAUAGCGAGGCAAGAGAGGCAGCAUUGGGCUUUUACCGAUGCCAUAUUCCUUGCAUGCUGGUGCAUGGGAUUGCGGGAGAAGAGGUUAUGAAACCGGGGACUUUCCAUUUCAAUCCGGAGUACGACUUUCUUUGGAUAUACCCGGGUAUCUUGGCGAAGAAUACCCUGCUGGAUUUUAUAUAUCAUCUGAAACAUACGCAUGAUCCUCGUGGUGUUGGUUUGCUCAACCUGGCGUUGGACACGCACAGUCUGAACGCGACUGAUAUCAACCUAUUAGAGCCAUCGAACCUCAAUGCUGAACACAGGAAUGCGUUUGUCGAAACUGUCAGCAAGCUACGAGAGAUCUUUUUUGUCGAGAAAGUGCGCACGGGACGUCAAGUUUUGGGUCCCUUGAGUGGGAUUCCGACGUCUAAAACGAUGUUUAACCGCUCUUUCCCGAUAAUGGCGAUGACACCGAACUUUGAGCGCUUGCGGCGUGAUCCACGCCAUAUAGCCGAGGACUUGAAACAGGUAUAUGUGGAGAGUGACCCCCUUGGUCUGCUCCAUCAAUGGCAAAGGAUACUGAAGAAAUGGGACAUUUCGCCGUCCGGUGUCGAGUAUCGACUGAUGCUAAGUUUUAGUCCGCCUGGCAGCGAAUUUCCUAUUUUUGAUCGCGAGAGCGCAAAGAGAUGGGUAGAAAAAGAGGAUUGGGAGUGGACAGGGAAAUGGCGUAUUGACGACAGCGUAACAAAUGCUAACCUAGCGCUACGCUAUUUCGAUAUCAGCGACCAAGUCAUACAGUACCCGAUUGGCUCGUUGCAUGAGAAGUACAAGAAUGAAGACCUCGAGAAAGCCGUGAAACCGGCUUUUGGGUUCUGGUUGUUCCCGAUGGACACGUUUGGGACGUUGCCGCCAGAAGCAGUUUCGGAGGAGGCGUGGUUCCGGCCGUUCACGAAAGAGCUUUUGGAUAUGACGGAUCAUUGGCCUGAGCUUGGGCUGUUGAGCUUGCCUAGGAUGUCUUGACGGCACACUUAUAAGGAAACCUUUCGCCUGAAGUUAGGUAUAUAACUGGGUGUACACUAAUCAUGAAUAGAACAUUGUCAUUAUGAAGCAUGAUAGACUAUAAUAGCAUUUUUAAUCACUGGGAAAUACGGAUACUACAUCGAUGGCUUCCCACUUUCCAAAACCCCCGCCCCAGCCUUGAGAAACCCCACAGUGGAAGGCAACUGGUUCUCACCCACCACAAAAGACCGCGAAUUACCAAAUCCAUAAUACUGAGCACUUCCAAUCUCAGGCGCAAAAGUAAGGCGCCAUGUCAGCAAAUACCCAGCGACAUUCCACGCCACCUCCUCUUCCGCAGUCGCAAACACAGACGCCUUUUCAUCACCCGUAUCCUCAACCCUUGUCUUGUAACUCCCAUUAUAUGCAUCUACCCACGCCUU